AUGGGAACAACGCCUGAAGAUAUUCUUAAGGGAAGCAAUAGGAGUAAAGUAGUUCACUAUGGUGUUGGGGAGCAUAGCAGAGUAAUUCAUAGAGAUUUGAAGAGCGCAAAUAUUUUGUUAGAUGCUAAUCCGGAAGCCAAUAUAUGUGAUUUUGGUUUGUCAAGACUAAGUCCAAGAAAUCAACAAGAUACCGUCAUCCGUACAAGGCCUUCUGUGUCGAGUGGGAUGAUGGCUUAUAAGGUAAGGCCCUUAGAAGACCAAGGACUGUUUCUGAUCGACAUAGUCCGAAGCUACUAUGACGAUCGUGGACUCUUUGACAGACUUGACAAGUUAAAAGAUCCCACUAUCGAAGAUGAGAAUGGUUUGAGGUCUUUUCAUAAAAUUAACGAAAUUGCACAUGAGUGCAUUAACUUGGACUUAAGAAAACGCCCUACGAUGGAUAAGAUCAUCAAGGCGAUUACAGAAGCGUUGAAUUUUCAAACAUCUCCAAAGGAAUCAACUCAGUGGCAGAAAGACUUUUGGGAGGAACUUCUGUCACCGGAUUACCAGGAAAUCAUUGUGAGGGCGGUUCCUCCGCUGGAUAUUCGCUCUAAAAAGCCUCUAUACUUCCGCUUAUCGGACUCACGUAUUUUCCUUGAUGGUGGCUACCUGGUUUCGGUCGGUUUGUAUACUAAAAACGUACGUUGGCAAUGGCCAUCCAUGGCAAAAUAG